UCUGUGCUGUGCUUGGUAUGAGGUUUAGAGAGACCGAGCUGUAAGUAGGUCGGGCUGGGCUUAAGCGGCUUAGCUACGUCAGCCUAAAGCUGGGAGGAAUUCAUCCAAAGCCCUCCGCGGUAGGCGGGGGCCUAAGCGAGGCUGGCCUAGUUAAGCCUGAUUCUUAUUGUGUGCAGUAGAGCCUGUUUUUGUUUUGCACCGUAGCUGAGAGGGAGUCCAGGAGUAGUGUGUGUGAAUCCAUGUACUUGUUAGUCACAGCUUAUGUUUGAUUUGGGAGAGGAAGGAGGCAGAUGAGACAUAUGUGGGAGUUAGACCAGUGUUAGUGUCACUGUGGACCAGGAGAGGAGAGCGGCAGGGACAGAAAACAGACAGGUGGAAGGAGUGUGGAGCCACGGUGCUGAGUCUGGUUACUGAAGGGCGACAGCCAUAGGCCCGACUUAAGUCUGUGUGAGUCCGCUAUGCUAAAAGAUGGAGCCCAGUUCCGUGUUUCUGUCCAGCAUGGUGGGUAAAGCUCGCUCCUCCAACUUCACCCUCUCUGAGAAGCUGGACCUGUUGAAGCUGGUCCGCCCUCACAUCCGCAUCCUGGAGGAGCACACCAACAAGCACGCCGUCAUCGUGGACAAGAACAAGUGUUGGGACACCGUGGCCGAGCAGUACAAUGCGCUGGGAGGGGACAGGCCGCAUCGCACCGCUCAGGGCCUCAGGACCCUCUAUAAGAGGCUGAAGGAGUCGGCCAAACAGGAAGUGAUGCAACGCAGACACGCCCAGCCAGAGUACAGAGCGAGCAUCUCUGAGCCAACCAGGAGAAUCAUGGAGAUGAUCCCUCACCUGUUUCACCAUGUGCCAAUCCACGAGAAGGACCAGGCACUGCGCAGAUUAAUAUACAGCAAGCACAACUCUCCCAUUGAGCAUCCUGGCAGUAGCUCCUCUCUGGCUGGACUCCAGGAUUACUCAGCAGCUGUCCCAAGUAUCCCCCAUGAGGUGGUCCAGCUGAACCACGAAGAGGAUGUUAAACCACCACCAGACCUCCCCGUCCUCCCUACGCACACGGAGCCAGGGCUGGACGGAGGCCAGGAGCCAGAGGGAGAACAAGACUUGGGCAGCGUCCAGGAUUACGAAGCAUCUUUGUCUCCCUCUCAAUCCUCCGUUAACAUCCCCCUCUCCGCCUCGCCGCUGCCGCUACGCCACGACCUCUACCCCAACGACAUCUACCCUCACCACGAAGCCAGCAGGUUUCGCCCUCACCUGGCCAAAGAGGAGCACGAGCUGGUGCUGGCCAACCACCGCAAGGUCGCCCUCUACCUGGAGGAGAAGAGGGAGGGGCUGAAGAGGAAGCAGCAGCUGGAGGAGGAACUUCUGAAAGCCAAGAUCAAAGUGGAGAAACUAAAGGCUGCCCGGCUGAGACACGGCCUGCCAGUUCCUCUAUAACAAGUACGGACACGCACAACUAUGGGCAGUAGAAAGGGAGAAGCUCUGAGGAAAAGCUUUGGCGCUUGGAACUUGAAUUUCUUUUGGUAACACGGUGCCUCGUACAGACACGGACAGAUAGCCUGUGCACUUAUUCCACGACGAUGCUGAGUUACGUUGCCAUCGGUCUCUGUUUAAGCGCUCUGAGCGUAAAGGAAACACGUGUAAAAGCUCAAUAACACUGUGAUUGGCCGAAAUGGGUCAAAUAAAUGUGAAAGUGAAGGGAAUGUUUGUCAUAUUGACUGAUAUGUACCAUACUGGUGCUUUUGUUGCCUAGAUCUGUCACUAGUAUGUGAGUGUAGCGAUGUUAGGAUAGUGUUACGUGGAGAGAGAGUCAGCCUAGUUAAUUUCACCAGGAUAUGUUCUAUUUUUAAAGAAGGUGCCCCACUAAUUAGGGGUGUGUCACAACUUGAUGCGAUGAACUCAACAGGAAUGAUCUUUAAGCUCUUGUGAAACCACAUUUUUUUAGUACGGCAAUUUUAAAAGAGAAACUCUUGAGUUCAGUGAAACCCUGCAGUCAGUUAUCUCAGACAUGCCGAGAUUGAAACACAAUUUUAAAGAUCCACUAAUAAAAACAUGUCAAAAAGUAUCAAAUCAUCCCAGUGUGAAAAGGAGGAAGAGGUGGUGUUGAUUUUCUCAUGUUCUUGCUAUUUAAUGUAUGUGAAUACCACAUUGAUUGUAUUGUGAUGUUGGUUUAAAGUGUCGGUUUCUUUGACAGGUUGUCCACAUUUUUUAUAUUAAAAAAGAAACAGAA